AUGGAACAGUUGAACGCAGAGCGGGUUGGAAUGGAACCUUUGAAACCAUGCGAUGUUUUCGAUCUCAUCAGGGGAACCAGCACGGGCGGCCUAAUUGCGAUUAUGUUGGGCCGCCUAGAGAUGGAUAUAGACGAGUGCCUUAAGGCCUACAACCAUCUGAUGACAUUCAUCUUCAGCGAAAAGAUCAACAAUCUCCCCGUAGGAUGGUCAGGGAAUAUUCAAGCGCAGUACGAUAGCCGGAGACUCAAGUCCGCGAUCGAAGAUGUAAUCAUCCAAGCUGGUGCAUCUCUCAAUGAUCUAAUGAAAGAUGGCAUCACUCGAAAAUGCCGAGCCUUUGUUUUAUGCGAGGCAGCCCUUGCAACAGCUGCGGGAACAGGUUUCUUUGAACCGGUGAUGAUUGACGAUCAACAAUACGUGGAUGGUGCUUUCAGCGCCAAUAACCCAAUCGAAGAGGUUGAGGGGGGAGGCCACUGA